AUGGAACGUGCUACAGAGAAAAAACAGGGUACUACCCGAGAUGAGGUACGCAAAGAAGACCUCUCUAAUAAGGUUUCAUUUGAGCAGAGGCCUGAGGGAAAACAAGCACUGGGCAUUUUUCUAAUGGCUACACAAACUAUUCAUGCCUUCCAUGGCCAAGAUAAAAAAUUUCUGGAAAAUCACUGCAUGAGGAGGUACAACGACGGAGAUCCGAAGAAGCAACUGAACCAGAAGAAUAUCAAUGCACUUGGCCAAAAUCUAGACGAUGGACUACUAGUUACACACGUUAACCAGACACAGGACUUACUGAGGCUGCAGGGAGAUGAGACCCAGCCUUCAGACUGGAAAGACUCGGAAGAUUGGCUUUCAACACACAGUUUAAAGUCUGAGAAACUCACCUUGGCUGAUCUGAUGAGCCAGGGCACAGCUGUGCUGGAGGAGGGCAGCAAGGUCAUGAGGAAAAUGCACUUCUCCACCUCGACCAUCCACCGGUUCGAAUCCAAGCUUUCUGAAGCUGUGGUGGUGGUUCCUGCACGCCCUUUCUGGUUUCAGGCUUUCGGCCUCAUCAAGGGGACCAGAGUCGGCAUCCUCAUUGAUGUGUCAGCCGUCAGCAGUGGCCCUCAGAAAGAAGAGUUCCAAAAUGACCUCCUGAGCCUCAUUGAUGAGCAGCUGAGCCACAAGGAGAAGCUGUACGUCUUGUCCUUCGGCACCACCACCAGCGCCCUCUGGCCUGAGCCCGUGGACGUCAGCACCUCCACCCUUCAGGAACUCAAGCUCUGGGUAAAGAAACUUGAGCCCGAGGGAGGCAGCAAUCUGCUACAAGCCCUGAAGAAAGUCUUCGCUCUGAAGGGGCUGAAUUCUCUGGUGACCAUUAUGGGAAGCUGCCCAGAUCAGCCUUCUGAAAUCCUGUCCGACUACAUCCAACAGUCCGCCAUGGGAAGGGACCUCAUCACCCAUUUCAUCACCUACAAGUGCAACGAGCAGGUGCCCCCUGCCGUUCUGAAGAACCUUGCAGAAGCUCUUGGGGGCUACUACCACUGCUGUGGUCCAGAGAUGGAGAUCUGCGCCAGCCGGGAGGUGGAUGAGCUCCUGGCAGAAAUCCAGAAAGCCCAGAGCCUCCGGAGCCACGUCCAAGCCCUGCAGCAGAGUGCCCCCUGCGAGGAGCCGGCCGGCGUGAGGCAGGAGAUUUCCAACAAGAUUGCAAAAAGGCCAUUCACAAGUCUCUUGCCUAAACCCCCGAAGCAUGAGGCUCCCCUCACAAUUGAGUUCCCAAACUUGGCCAAGACUUCGGCAGAAUGGCUGAAGACCAACAGCCUGAAAGCCAAGAAGCUAAGCCUCUAUCAGGUUCUGGCCCCCAAUGCAUUCUCUCCCGUGGAGGAAUUUGUGCCUAUUCUCCGUAAGACAGUCUCAUCCACUAUCUAUGAGAAGGCAAUGGUACAAUUUGAAUGGCAUGACGGGACGGUGAAGAACAUUCACGUGGACCUGCCCUUCCUAUAUGAGUACCAGAAACAGCUCAGCAGAGCUAUGCAGAUGUAUGAGAGACGGAUGGAGUGGCUCUCCUUGGCCAGCAGAAGAAUCUGGGGCACCGUCUGCGAAAAAAGGGUGGUUAUACUGCUCGAUAUCUCCGUGACCAAUUCCAUGUACAUUAUUCAUAUCCAGCACUCCCUGCGGCUUCUGCUGGAGGAGCAACUGGCCAACAAGGACUGCUUCAACAUCGUGGCGUUUGGAAGCACAGUUGAAAGUUGGAGGCCAGAGAUGGUUGCCGCCAGCCAUGACAACUUACAGAGCGCCUGGAGGUGGGUCCUGACCCUGCAGUGUCGGGGCAGCAGGAACGUCCUCGGCGCCCUGCGGAAGGCUGUGGAAGUGGACCUCAAGGACAAAGACAAACAGCAAUCACAAGGCAUCUACCUCUUCACAGGGGGCAUCCCUGACCAGGACACGGUGGGACGCACUUUGUUUGCAGGUAUCUACGAAAGUGAUGACAUCAGUGCCAUCGUGUCUGAGAUGGAAAAGGCUCUCAGCUACUCCCAGAAGUGCGCCUUGCUUGUGUCCUCCCUGAAGAACCAGUCUGGAAAAGAACAGGAAAAUGCAGCCCUCCUGAGAGAAAAGCCAAAGAUGCUCAAGCCAAGAAGCCAGCCCAGGAAGCUCUGUCCCUCCAAACCCACAGCACCCUCGGUGGCCAGAAUGAGCAUGAAAGAUGACCCUGACCGACAGAAGAGUGCCCCUGUGAAAGCUCUGAUGUGGCGUCCACUCAGUGGCAAAGCGGGCAUCCCCCCAGCUGCAGCCCAGCCGGUGAAAGAAGGGACAGCAGGGCGGAGGAGGAAGACCACAGCGAGGGACGCAGAGGCAUCUCUCUCGCUGUUUUAUACCGAGACAGGGAAUAACGUGGGAUCCGUGUACAGGAAGUAUCCUCAAGGAAGGGGCUUAAGAAGAACUAGCUCUUCUAUCGAGUUGCCCAGAAAGGAUACAAUCUGCUCAAGCCAAGAGUGGAUAGCAAAUUACGGGCUGAAAAAACUGAAGAUGGAGAUCUCCAGAUACCUUGGUCCCAACUGCACUCAUCAAAAGUCCGUACAGAGAUCGGCAUCAGCCAAGCACUGCAGCGUCUUCCCCAGCACGGAGAUCAAUGGCAUGGUGAGACACAUUCAGUGUACUCCCAGGGAAAUGGAAGCGUAUAUCACAGGCCUGGAGAAGCUGAUGCGGCGCUAUGUCCAGAGGCUGCAGUGGCUGCUGUCUGGGAGCCGCCGACUGUUCGGUACCAUCUUGGAGAGCAAAGUGUGCAUCCUGCUCGACACGUCGGGCUCCAUGGGCCCCUACCUGCAGCAGGUGAAGACAGAGCUGGUUCUGCUCAUCUGGGAGCAGCUGCGGAAGUACUGUGACAGUUUUAACCUGCUCAGCUUUGCAGAGGGCCUACAGCCGUGGCAGGACACUCUGGUGGAGACCACAGACGCAGCCUGUCACGAGGCUAUGCAGUGGGUGACCCACCUGCACGCUCAGGGGAGCACCUCAGUCUUGCAAGCGUUGCUGAAAGCUUUCAGUUUUCCUGAUGUGGAAGGAUUGUACCUCCUGACCGAUGGGAAGCCAGACACAAGCUGCAGCCUUGUUCUCAGUGAAGUCCAAAGACUCAAGGAGAAGAGAGACGUGAAAGUGCAUACCAUUUCCCUGAACUGCUCGGGCAGAGUGAUGCUGACUGCAGUGGAGUCCAGGGACCCUCCUGGUUUCCACCGCCCCCUUCCUACAUUCACUCUCAGACAUCUCAUUGCAAUGUGUCCCGACCCUGGGUUGCCACUGUUUGAAGGAGACGAUUUAAGGAGAUUGGCCCAGGAGAUCACCAAGGCCAGAAGCUUGCUUGGGCAGGCCCAGGCCCUCAGGGCCCAACUCCAGAAGAAAAACAGCACAGAACCAAAGGUUGCUUCUCUGUAGAGAAGUGUUCUCAGUCACAAGUCUGUCACUGGCUGGGAAGUCCUGUACCAAGUCCCCUGCUUAGAACAUCCUUCUGCCACCCUCUGCCUGGUGACUCCUUCUCAUCCAUCAAGGCACAGCACAAAUGGCAUCAGCUCCACUGUGACGAUGUCCCUGGGACCCAUCAAGAGCUGAGUGCCUCCGGCUUUCCUCCCAUGGCAUCCUAACCACACAUCCCUCCUUAGAGAGGUGACGCUACCCCUAGCACUCCACAGCAUGCUUCCUUGCUCCCUUGUCCAGCUCUUCUUGACAAUGAGCUCCCUCAAGAUGAGGUUGGUGUCCUAACCAUCUCUGGGUCUCCAGAACCUGCCAUGUGGCAGACACGUAGUAAACAGUGAGCAUGCAGCUUAAUUCUGAGAGUCCAGUUCUGGAAACCUGCCAGGUGGGAUUGUUUCUGCCCUGGUCCUCUUGUUCUGUGCUCCUCCACCACCCUGGUCCAUGUGGGAAAUGCAGAGUCACCAUCAGCCCAUCUUGGAGGAAGAAGAAAGACAUGAGCCUCACCACCCCGACCCUCUUCCCCCACCACUGCUCAAACUGAACUGAAAUCUGCUCUGGAGUCUAGUCCAGAGCAAAUGCUCAGCUCAAGAAUGUGUAAAUCGGGCUGGAUCUGCUGGGCUGCCCCACUGUGCACAUAUGAAAUGUAUAUGUCAUGUAUCAUGUCAUCUAGGGUCACUUCUAAGAUAGGAAAAAUUGCUUUUAUUUGAUUAAUAGGAUCAAAGUUACUUUUAAACUGAUGUGACCAUUGGUAUAUGUGUGUG